CCUUUCUUCCCCAACCGAUAAACAACCCCUCGCCAUUGAUAUUUUUCCACUUUUCUUCCUUUUUAUCUUCUCGAUUCAAACGAACCCCCUUUUUAUUCCUGCGGGUUUCUUGUUCAACCUUUGUUUUGCACGAAAAAUAGUGUUUUCCGAUAAGGAAAACAGAGGAGAGGAGGUUUUUGAUGAUGAUGGAUGCAGGUGGAUGCGUGGAGCAAGGCAAAAACAUUAUAACGGCAGCGAAGCACGUAAACAACAGGGUCAGAUACGCCAACAAGACAAUCAAGAAGAACAACAGAUCAUCGUCGUCGUGUAAGAAGAUGAGAAGAGAGGCUGUGUUUCCACGGGUCCCGGAAGUUCUGCAACAACUCUUCGUUUCCUGCAGAGAAAUCUUCAAAGGCCCCGGCACUGUUCCUCCUGCUUCUGAUGUAAACAAGCUUCGCGGUAUUCUGGAUAAGAUGAAGGCAGGAGAUGUUGGACUUAGCAAAAAUCUGCACUUCUUCAAGGCAAGGGGUGCGGUCAAAGGCACUCCAAGAGUCACCUGUACUACCAUUUACCAGUGUGAUGAGUUCUCGUUGUGCAUUUUCUUUCUACCAGAGGCGGCGGUCAUACCGCUGCAUAAUCAUCCGGGGAUGACUGUUUUCAGCAAGCUUUUACUCGGAACAAUGCACAUAAAAUCAUACGAUUGGGUCGAUCCGAUCGAUACGAAGAACGACACGACACCAUCCCCCCAAUUGAGAUUGGCAAGGUUGAAAGCCAACAGUGCGUACACGGCGCCGUGCGACACGUCAGUGUUAUAUCCGACAACCGGAGGCAACAUCCAUGAAUUCACGGCCGUAACGCCAUGCGCGGUGCUCGAUGUCAUGGGACCUCCGUAUUCCAAAGACGACGGCCGCGAUUGCUCCUUUUACAAAGAUUUCCCCUACUGGGAUCAUGAAGAUGGAGGAACAAGAAGAGUGAGUGAAGAAGAGGGAGAAUGUUAUGGAUGGUUGCAAGAAAUUGAAGCGCCGAAGGGUGCAGAGAUGGAUAGAAUUGAGUAUUUGGGUCCUCAGAUUAAAUAAACCACCUUUUAGAUUCAUAAAUAUCUUGUAGAUAGUGGGGGAAAAUAUCAAGGCUUUUAAUACGAUCAGCACACUGUUCCUUCACAGACUAUACAAUUUUUAUUGGUUUUAAACAAGGUGGGCUAAUGGUUUGUGAAAUACUUUUAUGUUAAU